AGUGUCGGUCGAUCCCUCGCCGCGAACGCGCGCGCCAACGAUUCCAAAUUUUAAAUUUCCGAACGUGAUUCGAACGUCGCGUGUGUUUUUAAAGUGCGUUUUCUGAGGAUUAACUCCCGAAUACAGUGCAGUGAAUACUCUUUGGAUUACUGUUGUGACGUCGAAUGCGUAUAAUUGACCCGAAAGAAAAAAGCGACUAACCAUGUUAUAGUUUAAAAACCUUAUUUUAAAAAGUGCAAAAAAGUAAUACAAUCGUAAAAUAGUCUUUACAGUGAUGUGUUUAAGUGUGAUUUUGUAAUGGUGUGACGUACGAGUGGCGAGCGCUGUGAUUGGUCAGACGCUUCAAGAUGGCGUCUGUAAUCUUGACAGUUCUCUGUCUUUUGGCGGGAAUAUCCGGCGCGGUCUACGCUGAAACAGGCCACGCGUCCGCCCUAGUAGGCUCCACAGCCCGGCUCCGCUGCCGCCUCGACGCGGCGCUCUGCGGGGCCAUGCACAGCGUCAAGUGGUACAAGUCGGAGCGGCGCGUGUACGUGUACUCCGCCGCGCGCGACGCCGCCGUCGACCGGCCCGAGGGCGACAUGAUGGACAGGCUCUCCAUAUCCCACGAGCCUAACGCCUCACACGCCGAGCUGGUGAUCCGGCGCGUGCAGCCGACAGACGAGGGGUUAUACAGAUGCGAGAUCACAUACCUGCAAGUUGGAGAAGACUGUAUUACGGUGCAGCUGACGGAUUUUCAUACUUAUGUGAAACCGAAAUCAGUAGAAGUCCUGUUCGAAGAGACGCCACAACCCAACGGAGCGAUUAUAGGCCCUCUGCUCGAGAGAACAAGGGUGGAUAUCACGUGCGUGGUGCGCGAAGGAAAGCCUCAGCCUAAGGUUGUGUGGCUGUUCAACGGCAAAGAGAGGCUUGAUGCUAAGACAACCACCCCGGACAACUCAACAGUGCAACACACGCUGCAACUGACAGUGACGCGCGGCGAGCUAAGCGGACAACUGCGGUGUAGUGUCACUUCGGCGGCGCUAGAUGGCGCUAUGACUAGUGAUGUGGCUCUCGAUGUUCGAGUGCCUCCCAACAAGAUCUCGGUGUCUGGCGUAGGUGAACACGUGACCCACGGUACCCUGGUCACGCUGGUGUGCGCGGUCAGUGGCGCUAAGCCCGCCGCCACCCUCACCUGGUUCAACGGGUCGGAGGCCGUGGAUCACACUACGCGCGAUGUCAAGACAAUGGAGAUAGCAUCGGGCGACUCCACAUUCGAGACGGUCUCCAACUUCACGUUCGAGGCGACUCGCUUCGAGAACGGGCGGCGCUUCCGCUGCGAGGCUCUCAACGAUGUCAUGCGGGAGAGGAAGGAACCAGCUAUUCAUGCUACUAGGGAGCUGGAGGUCUGGUACCCGCCGAUAGUCCAUGUGGAGCCGAGCAACGUGACGGUGGUGGAGGGCACCAAGAUCCUGCUCAAGUGCAACUACGAGAGCAACCCCUCCUCGCUCACUGAGGUUAUAUGGUUCAUAGACAACAAGCGCAUCGACACCAACAACACGGCGCGCUAUGAGGGCGGCUCCACGGACCAGCAAGCGCUCAUCAUCACCAAGUCCACUGGCAAGGACAUGGGGAACUACAGCUGUCUGCUGGCGAACGCUGUGGGCAACGGGACCAGCGAGGGGACGAUUGAUGUUAAUAUUUUGUACAAGCCCAAGGUCUCCCUAACCAUGUCGUCUCCAUCUCCCAUCCUCGAGACGGAUCACAAGAACGUGACUCUGACCUGCGAGGUGGUCGCCGGGAACCCUCGUGUGCUGGAGGAGGUCAUCUGGUACUUGGAUGGAGAGGUCUUGAAGCAUCUGCCUGAGUGCAACGGGACUGAUGGUGAAGACAACCUAUGCAACGAGGUGGACCCGUCCAUGCUGCUGCUCCAGGACACGACGAAGAGCUUCCACGGCAACUACUCGUGCAAGGGCAAGAACUCCGCCGGCUGGGGACCCGAGAGCAGGAAGACUGAGCUGGUGGUCUACUACCCCCCCGGGCCGGCCAAGCUGACGUACUCUCCGUGGCGCGUGGUCAAGGGCAAGUCGCUGCUGCUGACGUGCAGCAUACAGGAGACCGGGCGGCCUGAGGCUAACAGAUUCCGCUGGCACCGCGGCGGGCGGCUCGUCACCGACAUCGUGGCGUCCAGCUGGCUGCUCGACCCCGUGUCUCUGGACCACCGGACCAACUUCUCCUGCCGAGGGUUCAAUCUGGGCGGAGAUGGGGACCCGUCUUAUGUGUCUAUUGAUGUUAUGGCGCCUCCAAGCUUCAAAAAGGCGAUGAAUCAAUACAGCGGCGCUUUGUACAAGUCAUCCAACAUAUCGCUAACCUGCACAGUAGAGUGUGCUCCGCUCUGCAGCGUGCAAUGGCUGAAGAACGGAGAGGUCAUCGACCCGGAGAAGACUGAUAGGUACUACGUGGUGGAACGCAAGAUCGAACCUCAAGUUAACAGGAACGACUUUGAGGCUACAGAGAGCACUUUGUACUGGAACAUGACAGCGUGGCCGGGCCACGUGCUGGGCCGAGACGACACGGCGCGCUACAUGUGUCGCUCGUCGCGCAACGACGCCGGCCCGGGCGUGAAUAGCACUACGAAGUUUGCUGUUGAGUAUGAACCAGAAAACAUCACGGUCACUCCAACAGUGGUGCAAGUUAUUGAGACUGAGAUUCCCGGCAAAGUCGUCUGUCAAGCCAGCGGCUUCCCCGUCCCGUCCUACUCGUGGCGCCGCCAGUCCCCCUCCAAGUCUACCUCCAAGGAGCACUCCAACUCCUCGCUGGUGCUGUCCAGCUCCAACACGCUCUUACUGCCGCCGGCUCAGAGGAAGGACGCCGGGAACUACGUGUGCGAGGCGUAUAAUAGACAUGGGGCUGUCAGCACUAGCGUGUUUGUUGAUGUGCUGUUUGUCCCUGAAUGUGGAAUCAAGCAGAUAGAGCUGGACGGCUGGCAGGUGCUUCAGUGCUCGGCGCAUGCCAACCCGAGCGAGGUGUCUUUCACGUGGAAGCUAAAGAACGACAACGACAGUCUAACCGACGAGAAGAUCUGGAAGAGUGGACAGCAGAGCUACUUGCGCCUCAGCGAGAGUGUCGACGUCUACAGAACAUACCUCUGCUAUGCCAACAACUCUGUCGGCAUUUCGAGGGCUUGCGAACGAGAUAUACCAGCAACACCAAAAGUCUGGUGGCGUGACCAACAGCAGUUGAUUCUGUUCGGAGGGAUCGCUCUGGCGGUGCUCGUGUUGACUGUGAUCCUCUGCAUCAUCAUUAUCUGCGUCUGCAGGCGGAUGCGGGCAAAAUCUAAAUGCCCACCCACGAAUGGCGUAGAUAGUGCAGCGAACGGGCAACUCGGAGCAGACAAUCCUGGUCUGUACGAGAAUUUGCCGUUCCACGGACUUCAACAAGCACCGAAUAAGCCCGUACAAGCUAUCCAACCGAGAGUUGUCGACACAAGGAAAACUGCUGAUGGGAUUGAAGCUUUACAAAAACAACUGACUACUAACCCGUCCUUUACACCAAGGAUCGUGUCGUGUCCACCUUUUGUGCAAUCUCCUUUAUCGUAUCAAGUGGGAUCACCAUCAAGUUCUCAAUAUUCAUAUGGAAUGCCGGUAAUUUCACCGAUUCAACCAAUGUAUCCAGCAUUACAUCAAACGGUGUUAUUAAACGCUUGUCUGCCACCAAUGCAGCCAUCUUUUUUAAAGCAAUUUCCAACUAUUGAUGAAGAAAGUGAACCAGAGACCCGAAAGUUUGCAUCUCUGAAUACUAGAAACAGUAAAAAGCCGCAACGGUUUCAAUCGAUGCGAGCCAUCAGAAAGAGAAAUAUAGAGAGAUUCUAUCCAAAUACGGAAUACGGUGAAAAUUUCAAUGAGAUUAACAAUAAUAAAGAUAACCAAGAUAAUUCCGAUAGAGAACAUGGUAUUUACGCAAACUAUCCUGCAUUCCUAAAUGGGAACACUAAUAUUAGUGGAGUGGAAGUGUUUGAAAAUUUAACUGACUCUAUACAAGUAUGUGAACUACCCGAUGAAUCAGUGAACUUAUCAACCGAAUCUUUAAAUCGGCCUGUGCCUGCUCCACGAACUAAAAUAACACCUUAUUCCUCUCCAACCAAGACUGACCAUGUUUACAUGAAUUUGUCAAUGCCCUUGAUAAAUACGACAAAAUUCUUUAAGUCCCAUGAUGUCAUAGAUGCUCCAGUGAGACCUUCAAGGUCUGUAAAUGACUUAUCAAAGCCCAUAAUGACUUUGCCGAGAAGAAAAACCAAAGAUGACGAAGAGAAAAAAAUACCUCCUCCAGUUGCUAAGAAGCCAGGUAUUGAAAAAGCUGAAGCAAGUAUUCUUGAUGAAGACGCAAAUGAUGAAAAUGAGGAUAACAACGAUGAUAAACCAGUCUUGACGAAACCAAAUAUUAUAGGAGCUACACCAAAGAAAAAUACAUCAAUUAUAUUGCCUUCUACCUCUUUAGUGAAAUCAGUUGAUGAUUCAUUAAAAGCUGGAUCGAAACAAAUGAACAGAGUUGGUUUACCAGUCCGUCAAGUUAUCUUACCGGAUAAAACUUUGAAAAUACCAAAGCUUCAAGAAAAAUCUGUACCAAAGAAAUCAUUAGUACGUCGUAGCAAUUCUGUACAAAGUAAUUUAACUGUUUCGUUGGAUAGUAGACAGUUUCAGGAUACUAACAUACUUCAGCAGCAAUACCUUCAAAAACACAAUCACUUUGUAAAUUUAAACUCCAAAGGCAAAAACAAAAAGAAUUUCCAGAUACCACUGCAAAAAAAUCACAGCUUUUGUUAUUUUCAGCCAGUAAGAGUAGAUAAACGAAUACCCGUAGAUCAAGAGAGAAUGUAUAACAACACAAUUGGACCUCUCAUCUAUCAACCAGCUGACGUCCAAUAUUACACUAAGACCCUCAAUAGAAGUAGAGACAAAAAUGAACAAAAACUAAGUAGGCUUAAGAAGUCCGAAAGUCUCCGGGAAAAGUUAUCUUGUGUAGGAGUAUACGAUCAUUAUCAAAAGCCAGAUUACCCUGAACAGGACUGUAGUGAGCCCGAAAGAAGAUCCUACCUACAACUACUGAAGGGCAACUACAUAUCGAACUCAACAAGAAAUCUAGGCCCAGAGUUCUACAAUCCAAACUACAACAAAACUCUAAGAGAAGACAGAAAUAAAGAGUCAAAGCAUAAAAAACUAGUUUAUGCAGAUUUAGCUUUAGGUAAUCAUAAUUUAAAAUUUAAAAAUACAGUAAACUCUAAUAGACAUUUGUAUGAUACUUAUUCGAUACCAAAUGCGGAUGAAUCUAACCGAGAGCCUAACCAAGUUAGUAACACAAAUCAAAGAAAAAGCAGCCACGGCCAGCCGCGGAGCGAAUAUGCGACGCUGAAAUUCAACGAGAUAGACGUUUGAAGGCGUUUACCAAGAGCGACACAUACAUAUUUUAGAAGCCGUUCCAACUGGAUGAUCAGCUGAUCUACGCUGAUGCAGACCUGAAAGACUACGGACCUAUUAACUACAAGGCAGCGUCAAUCUACUCA